CGGUGGGUGAAAACGUAAAUAUUUCCCUGAACGGUACGCGCCCGCUAUUCGUUAACGCUCGUAGUGAAGAGAUAAUAGUGAUGUGACACUUUUCAGUGAGACCAUUUCGUAUUUUUGGUUGUUUUUUAGUUGUUUAUUGACAUAGAUUACACUAGUGCUAUCGUUUCAUGUACAGUCGUUGUUCAAUUGUUGACAAUUUUUAUUUACUAUUGGUUAAAGUUUCCCCAACUGUGUUCAGUUUUAUUGAUUCAUCAACAUAUCCUGUUGUCCAGUUUAGUUUGGAGACAGUAAGGUUGCAGCCGGUGUUAAAGGAAUCCAUUCACGCUGCAUUUCAACGUCCUGCGUCCCUCGGAGCAUGCAAACGGCUCGAAAGGCCCAGCCACAGCGUCCGAAGGAUCCGCGGCCCUCUGCCGCCUCGCGCUAAUGACUAUGGCCGAGACCGCCGUUGAGUCCUCCACCACCGCCGUCGCCACGCACGACAAAACGAACAACAACCACCCGCUUGUCGUCAACCACAACCAUCGUCCAGUCGCCAAACAACGUAAGCGCAAAAGACUCAGUCAGGUACUCGACAAACUCACCGGCGGAGGCUCCCAGCCGCUUGACGUGGAUUCGGUCCAAGAGAUUCCAGUUAUCAAUAACAACGUCCAGAAUCUGUACAAUAAUAACAAAGGCGACAGUUUGGGUAACGAUGUACUAAAGCACCCCAAACAGUACAUGUCGGAGGUAUUCAAGUUCGAUAUUCCCGAGAGAGACAGGUCCAAGACGGCCAGCAGUGCCGCGGGUGCCAGCGAGGAUGAGGACGUGUUUAGUCCGGCGAGCUCCAGUAACAAGUCGCCUCACAGUUCAACUGAAUCUCCUAGAAUAAGCUUUAGCCCUUUGCGACUCAAGGAGGAUGACGCGAGUUCGAGUCCCCCUCUGCUCCAGAGACCGCCGGUGUGUUCCUGUUAUCAGUGCGUCACCGGAGUCGGAGUCGGUCACCAUCCGCAUCCGCUACAUCCUUACGAUCGAUUUUUUCCCGCCUCUCCAAUUUCCCCUUUGACCCCCGCCUCCCCCGCUCCUUCCUACAGUUUCGAACGUUACCUUCACUCAAAGUACCUGCCCGAUAUCUUUCGCCGAAGAAGUCACUCCGACUCCGACCUGCCGCUGUGGUUCGAAACUGCCAAGGCGGAACGGGCACGCGCUCCCCCCGCUUGGCCCCACCCUCUCACCUUCUCCACGUUGCCAGGUAAAGGAUCCGUCGAAUCGGAGACGUCGUCUCCACAAGAAUCUCCUUUGGAUCUCUCGAUGAAGACUUCCAGAUCGAAAGAACAUCUAACGAGUUUAGAGUGUUUAGUCCCGCCUCCGUUACAAUUGCUGCCCCCGGGGUUCUUGCCACCUCGCGGUCCAGUGUCAGUACCUGUCGUUAAGGGGGACGUCGCGUCUCCCACUACUAAAGAAUCCGUAGCCUCGCGGUACAACCUGGAGGUUUCGCCCGUCGUCGAAGAGAUGCCUCCCGGUUCCGACGUGGCAUACGUCUGUCCGGUGUGCGGGCAGAUGUUCAGCCUCCACGACCGCCUGGCGAAACACAUGGCUUCUAGGCACAAGAGCAGACAAAAUUCUGGUGAAACCACGGCGAAGGCGUACCUGUGCGAGGUUUGCAAGAGAUCUUUUGCUCGCAGUGACAUGCUAACUAGACAUAUGAGACUACACACGGGUGUCAAACCGUAUACGUGCCGCGUUUGCGGUCAAGUGUUUUCAAGAUCUGACCAUUUGUCGACGCACCAAAGGACCCACACAGGCGAGAAGCCUUACAAGUGUCCGCAGUGUCCCUACGCGGCUUGCAGGCGCGACAUGAUCACGAGACACAUGAGGACCCACGCCCGAUACGAACCGGACCCCAUUGCGGCACAGCCUGUCAAGACUGAGCAUCACUGAAAUUGGAAUAUCCAUCCACGUCAUCGCCGUAUUUAUUUUCGAAAGAGUAUAGUGUUAUUUAUUGUGUUAGUUUCGAUGUUGACCUUUAAAUUCGACUAAGAGUCUUAUGUGUGUACCAAAAAUACUGAGACGGAACAAAAUUAACAUUUUAUUUAUUUUCUAUUAACCUACGGUCAAUUAUUUGUUAAGUGAUUUUUGAAACAAACGAAUUGUUAUCAUCUAGUCGUUGCUUACGGCCCGAAAGUAUUUUUGGUCUUAUUAUGCCAUUGUUUGCCCCCCUUUAAAAGAGAUCUCAUUCCAUUCCACUUUGUGCGCAAAUUGCCAGGCCAGUUUUUCUCAAACGACUAACAGCGAUCAUUAUUAUUAUCGUGCCAAAUGAAAUGGCCAGUGGCAAUGUUUGAUGCCAGAAGUCACUCGUUUUUUAUACACUUGUUCAGUUUUGUUUGUUAAAUAUUCUUACGACAUUGUACCUCGAAUUUAUCAGAGGAACCCUAAAACAAUCAUGUUUGUACUUUAAUGAAUUGUUACUAUAAGAAUUAACAAUUGUAAAAGACAUGAAGUCAGUAACUCAUAAAGACAUGAUAUUGGAUAAAACGUUUGCUAUAGCCUUCGUCAAGUUUGUUAUACAUUGAAAAUUAUAAAUUUGGCGAAAUCGAGGAGUAACUUCUGUAGUGAACGAUAUACGAAUACUGUGAUAUUUGUACAUUUCGUUAUAACUUACUUCUGUGAGACUAGUUUGUAAAUUUAUGUUCUCUAUUUUUGAUAUUAAAUUUUAGAUAUAUCACGAUAUUUGACUGUUAAAUUGUCUUUAGCUGUACUUCAUGAUCAGAUAUUUUUUUCACUGGGCAUUAUUAAAAUAGCUAAAAUAUUUUUAUACGAUAUGCCGCCAAAAUUGUAAAACAAUGAAUAUGUGGCAAGUUUAUAUUGAUAGGCACGCACAUUUACAUAUGUAAAUAUAUGUCUCUAGUUGUGCCACUAAAAUUGUUACCUGUUCAAAAAUGUUGUGAGAUUUACUUAAUGUGCCACAGUUUUGUUGUAUAUGUUAAUGUUAAAUGUACGUUUAAUUUUUUACUGGACUAUUAUUUAAUUUAAUUUAUUUAAGUGUUCAUUUGUUAACAACAAAAAAUAAUUGGUUGUAAACCUUCCUUAUAUUAAUUUAUGUAUAUUUAUUUUCGUUUUAAAAGUGAUGUAACUUAUGUUAAUGCAUGUACAAAGACAUAGCUACUUAAUUUAAUUUGUUACUUUUCUAUUUA